AUGGCCUUGAAGACUCAUUGGAUGCUACAGGAGUCAAAUCAUGGGGAAGUAUUGACUGUCCGUACUCGCAGCAGCAGACGAAAUGAUCGUCAUGUUUGGCAAGACCGACAAGUAUGGCAUUGUUAUUACACUAAGGUUAUUCGUAACGUGGUCACGAUCGCUGGUGGUCGCCCCCUUGGCAGGGGAAAUACACCAACAGGCUCGAACAACAACACCCACUCUUUAUCCACCACGACGCCGAAAGGGCAGACAGCAAAAGUGGGAUUGCCAAUUAUCUCUUCGUUAGGAAGGAAGGCUGUCACUGGCAUAUACUCGCGUGCUCAUCAUGGGUGGGCGAGACGGGAGCGGGGGCACCAUGAAGCUCACAUGAGUGGGCGGGAGGUGUCGGGGCACAACUGGAUAGUCGAGACAUGGGCGUGCAAGAGUGCAGAUCAGACACAAGGAGUUGUGGGAGGGCCCAUGUAA